UUGGUGUCGUCGUUAUACUUCUAGAAUCUGUCGUGCUGCGUGACGUCACAGGCGGACAAGCGGAAGCGCGCUAGCGUGCUAAGGCUAACGCUCGCAGGUACGAUGUUCGUCGUCAAAAACCUAAUCAGAUUCAGCCCGCUCGGCGUCGAGAACCCGGUCGUAUUUCUGGACAUCGAAGCAGACGGUGAGCCGCUGGGGAGACUAACCAUCCAGCUGAAUGCAGACGUGGUGCCAAAGACUGCAGAGAACUUCAGAGCAUUGUGUACCGGAGAGCAUGGCUUUGGCUACAAGGGCUCCGUGUUCCACAGGGUCAUACCACAGUUCAUGUGCCAGGGAGGGGAUUUCACCCAUCACAACGGCACCGGAGGGAAAUCUAUCUACGGAAAAACCUUCAAGGAUGAGAACUUCAAGUUGAAACACACCGGAGCAGGAACUCUAUCAAUGGCUAACUCGGGCCCAAACACCAACGGCUCCCAGUUUUUUAUCAGCACCACGAAAACUGAAUGGCUGGACGGCAAGCACGUGGUGUUCGGACGGGUAACGUCGGGUUUGGACGUGCUGUCGAAAAUGGAAGCGUUUGGUUUACAUGAUGGCGGUGUGCUCAAGAAAAUAGUGGUGGCGGAUUGCGGGCAAGUGAAAUAGAGUUCCCGGCGGGACUUGGGAUGAAAGGACUUUUCCGAAUUGUUUGCGUCUUGUGUUUCUUUCUGGCUGGGUUGGUCUCGUGUGCUGACAAGUCCGAGGUGGUCCUUUUCGGUCCAGAUCUUCACAUUGUGCAAUUCCCCCGCCACUUCCUGCCAAAUUAACGUCCGACGUUCCCGCUCUAGGAGGACAUUAGCUCGUGCCCCCGCUGCUUUGCAACCUUCCUGGAAAACAGCCAGUGGCUUUUUUUAGACGCCAUCGCUUCCUGUCCAUCCCAGCAGGAAGUGACAUCAGGUGACAUCCACAUGGGGGGGGCAGGUCUUAACGUGAGGCCAAACGUUGCUGCUGCUUCUUUACAAGCUGACACUUUAUGAAAGUAAAUAAUAGAGACGUUUUUUUUUCCCUUGCAUACCCACUUCCCCCCUCCCAAAUAAAAAACAUCUGCACCCUGACCUUCCACCAUCGUUUGUUUGCGUUCUCACGUUACACGGUUGCCGUGGGGACGCUGGCACGUUGUUGCAGCUUGAGAUGUUGCAACAAACUUGAUAGAAUUUGGGCCCCCACCCACUGGAGCUUUUAACACGGCUGGAAUGCGUGGAAACUCAAUGACAUCGUUACUGAUGCUUUGUCUUUUUCGUGUAAACGUCCACUUUCGUCACGUUCUUAUUUUUACAAGAUUGCAUAAGAGCCUUUUAUUUUAUGUAAUUUCAAUUCAAUCAAUAAAGGUAUCUCUGCAGCAAAAUGCUUUUUCUCUGGAAGUUUGUUACAAUGAGAAACAAUAAAUUGAUGUAAUACAUUUUCAGAACUGAUAGACACUUUGAAAGAAUGUGGAUUGCUACAGAAAUGUACUGUUGUAUUAUAAUUGUGAAAGGAGCAUGAAAAGAAUUAAACUUUUUCUUUGGCUUUG